CCCACUUUCCUUGCGGCUCUGAACUGUGAGGUACUGUCAAAAAAACUUCUUCCACACUCGAAAUAGCUGCGUUACAGAGGAGAGUUGGAACGUGUUCUGGGAGUGGGUGUGUUUGUUUGAGUUCAGUGUGUGCAGAAAAGGCAAGCCUCCACAGCCAUUCACACACUUUCCUCCUCAGCGAUGGGUACGCAGACAGCCGAGCUCCUGGACUAAGUCUCUGAAUGUGUAUCUGACACUUCCCCUUACUGAGCUGCAGAGGCUCCCAGUGACCUCUUGGUAAUCAGCCUUGGCGGGGCCCAAAUCCCCACCCCUUGGAAAACUCACGGAGCCUGACGUCUGCCUGUGAGCGGCUUUCAGGAAAGACCUCACAAGCGCCCACCCAAUCUCCCUUAGUAGCAAAUUGCCAAACCAAGCCCAUUUCCUCAAAAGAUGGUAGAGGACUUAGCAGCCUCUUAUAUUGCUCUGAAAUUAGAGAAUGAAAUUCUGCAGGCCCAAGUGCAGCGGUUGAUGGAAGAAAAUGCUGCCCUCCAGGCCCAGAUCCCAGAGUUCCAGAAAUCCCGAGCAGCCAAGGAAGAUGAACAACUCCAAAAGCCCUCCGAGGCACAGGAGCCCCAGAAGUCCCCAGAGCUCUUGGGUUGCCCCGCAGCCUGGGAGUCCCAAGAGUCCCCAGAGAUCAAGGAGCCCACAAAGCCCCUGGGUCCCCCCCCAGCCAGGGAGCCCCAGAAGCCCCCACAGACCAAGGAGCCCCAGGAGCCCACAAAGCUCCUGGGUUCCCCCGCAGCCCGGGAGCACCAAGAGUCCCCAGAGAUCAAGGAGCCCCAGGAGCCCCCCGAAUUCCUGGAUGCCACAGCAGCCCGGGAGCCCCAAGAGCCCUCAGAGAUCAAGGAGCCCACAGAGCCCCAGCAGCUCUCAGCUUGGGAGCCUGCAGCAUCCCAGGAGCCCCAGGAGGCCCAGAAGCCCCUGGAAUCUGCAGCAGCCCCAGAGUCUCUGGAGCCCCCAGCAACCCGGGACCUCCAGACACCUCCAGUAUCCCGUGAGCUCACCACAGCCUGGGAGACCCAAGAGCCCCCAGAUACCCAGGAUACCCCAGAGGCCCAGGAGCCCCAGAAUUCAGAGCCCCAGGAGUCCCCCAAUACUGAGGAAUCCCAGGAGGCCUCCGAAUGCCAGGAGACCUCGGCACAUCUGGAGCCCCUUGAGCUUCCCUCUCCCCAGGAGACCCUGCAACCUCGAGUGCCCCAAAAGCUCCUGGAUCCCACAGAAUCCCAGGAGUUCCUAGAAUUCUCAGCAACCCCCCAAUCUCUGGAGGGCCUAAUAAAUAUGGAGACAGCAGCAGAUUCGGGUUUCCCACAAGCCCUCAGUGGGUUAGAGGUUGCAGCUGUUCCACUAGAGUACCCUUUAGCCUUCAGCGGGGAUGCCCAGAAGCUUCCUGAGUUUCUGAUUCAACUGAGUAGUUACAUGAGAGUCAGAGGGCACCUGUAUCCCACUGAAGCAGCCCUAGUGAGCUUUGUGGGCAACCGCUUCUCAGGUGAGGCAGGAAGAUGGUUCCAGCCCUUACUAGAUAUCCAAAGCCCUCUGCUGGAGCAAUUUGAAAGUUUCAUACAAGUGCUGCAGGAUACUUUUGAUGAUCCAGAAAACAUAGAAGAUGCCAAGCACUGCAUCCGUCAGCUCUGCCAAGGGGAGGACCCUGUCUACCGGUAUGCAACCCACUUCCACCUCAUUGCUCAAGAGUUGAGCUGGGAUGAAAGCACUCUCUGCAUCCAAUUUCACGAAGGUCUUCCCAGUUCUAUUCGAGAUGAGCUGUCCCGCAGAAAUUCAGCCACCAGCCUGUCAGAUCUGAUCACUCGCUGCAUCAGCCUAGAAGAGAAGCUAAGUGGUAAGCCUGAUCUCAACCCAUCAGGGCAAAGCUCCUCUGAAGGUAGAGAGAGGCCUGAGCGUCCACCAUCUGCAAAUCAGCCUGCACAAGCUGCAAGCAACCGCCCACACCUCAGUGAAGCUGAACGGGCCCGUCGCCGCGAAGGCCACUUGUGUCUCUAUUGCGGUCAUCCUGGUCAUUUUGCCAGAGAUUGUCCUGUCAAGCCUCAUCGUGCCCAGCAGGCGGGAAACAUCGAGGCCCGGCGGUAAGGGGGAUCCCGGGCGGGCCAAUCUACAAAUAUGCGUCCCCCUCUCUUCCAAUCUCCAUGUCCCGUACCCUUUGGCUGACUGUUGAAAUCCGACUAGGAAGACGACAGUUCUUUGAGCAAGCAAUGGUGGAUUCAGGCUCCUACAGAAAUAGCAUUGACCAUUCUGUGGUUCUUCGAGAGAAGCUUCCCAUUCGCAACAACAUCUUUCCUCUCAUGCUGGAAACCGUUGAUGGUCGCCCAUUGAUUAAUGGACCCGUAACCAAGGAAACACCACCUGUCGAAGUUAAAAUCGGGAACCACGUCGAAGAGCUCCAGUUUGACAUCAUUCAUGCACCACGAUACCCUCUAAUCCUUGGAAUCCACUGGCUUGAAACCCACGACCCAAACAUCGAGUGGAGUACUCGCACUGUGUCCUUUCCAUCACGUUAUUGUCACUACAAUUGCUUCAGGCACAGGUGGAAUAGAAGACGUCGUGAUGAAAUAAUUGCUGGGUAGAUCCUGUGUCCCAGUGACUGCUCCUGGCAACCUGUCUUCUGUUACCUCAGCUGUCAUCAGCAUUUGCUGCUCUCCGAAUCUGCCACUGAACCUCUGGCUAUGAACUAAGGCUACCUGUACAACGACCCUGCCUCUCGGAUCAUGGACUGUACCUGAUGACUUUGUGCUGCUUUUUAAUUUUUUUUUUACCAACCCUGCAUGCCCCCCUCCCUGAACCCUGCAAUAUGUGGGGCCACUAUAAUUACAAAGUAUACUAACACUAUGCAUGAAAAUAGAUAUUAGAAACUAAUACUUAGGAAAUGUAGCUAUUAGACUGACUUGAUUUUUUUUCUAAUCAAGAUUUUGUUUAUCACAAAUAUUGCAACUUUUUCAUGAAGAAAAUAAAUUUGCAAGUGGUAUUUUUAAAUAAUCAAUAAACAUUGGCAAUUGUA